AGGGCGGGUACAAGUUGUUCAAGGAAGAGGAGCGCGCUAGGCUGCCGCUGCUGCUUCUUGCAAGCCGGAUAAGGCGAGGGCUUUGCACCGGAUUCUCCGCGCGCGCUGUCCGUGCAGGAUGGCUCUCAGCAGGAGGACGGAAGCGUUCAGAAAAAAAGUAUUGGAGAGGCUCUUUCCUACUCCUGUUCCACCUGGUGUGGUUUCUUCGAGUGCAGAGAGCGGCACUGCUCCCAGAAGUCCAGUUUUGGAGCAGGGAGGUCCUGAGAGUACCACAAUUUUGCAGCGACACUCCAGUUUAACAGGUGAAAAGAGUGCGAGUCUGCCUCCGAGGAAAAUGUACACAGUGAAUCCACCCCCUGGAGAUUAUGUACCAGCUGCUAAUAACGAACCCAGCAAUGGCAGCUCUGAGAGUGAAGACAGCGAUGCCAAUACUCCAGAGGAGAAUAAUCAAGGACAGCCCUGGAGAAAGCGCACCCGAAGGAGGAAACGGAAGAAUGUUUUGCAAAACCCGGAUAAUUUACACGGAGGCCAAACAAAGUGUGGGAAGCAUGAAAAUCUGAUUGAAGAUAAUUUACAGCUGCAGCACACAGACCGCGCAAAUCUAAGUCGAAACAAAAAGAGGAAAAUGAAAAAGAAGCGGCAAAAGGAAAAGAUGAGAGCAGCUGGUUUGUUGACAAAGCCAACUGGUAUAGAUUUCACAUAUAAGCCAGAGAGGGAGGAAAGAACUGACUUUGAAGAGGCAGAUAGCAAUGUAGAUGACAUUUUGGAUUUUUUGCAGGCAGCACAAGAAAUCUACUUCUCCGACAACCGAUAUAAAUGUGCAGAGUCAGCUGUGAAUUCAGAAAGCAUUCAGGAGAUUUUACAGAGUCUCAGAUCCCACAGUAUGCCUUCGUCAGACGUCACUCUUUUGCGUGAGAUGACAUCUCCUGUAUUUCUGCAGGAUGUAGAGAAACUCAAAGGGGCCAUGGAAGAGUUCCACACUAAGUCAGUGAUGCCUUCUGAUCAUGCCAAGGCAAUCUAUUCUCUGUUUCUCUACUGGAUUACAGAUAUCCUUCCUGGAAAGAACAGGAAAUAAGCUAAAUGUGCACAUCCAUCUGUACAGGGUUAAAAUGUAAUACAUAAGACUCUGAACUGUAUCUGAGAGUAUUCAGAAACGGCAAUGCCAUUGAAGAAGAUUGCAACUUCACAAAGAUGCUGUUGGGUGUUUUUUUUUUUACUAUUGUCUCUAGCGCCAAGUUAUUGCAAACUUCUUUUAUUUUAUAUAUUCUAGUUUGUGAAAAUAUAAGCACCAGUUUCCCCCUUAUUGUAGGUCCUUCUUGAGUUUUUAAUGCAACUGAAUUGGUUCAUGCAAGGAAGACUCUUUCACAAGCUGCUUCAUAACUACCAAAGCCAAGUGAAAAUGUACAGUGCUAUCAUUAUUUUUAUAUGGUGGCGUUGUUUAUAUAAUGUCAGAAUCCAUAUUUUUAUAUAUAAAAUAAAGAGGAAAAAGAGA